AACAGUUCAGCUGCUACUACACAUGCAACAAGAAGCCACAUAUCGAAAUCUGUGGUAGCUAAAGUUGUGCACAAGAUGAACUUUCCCUCUUAUUUUUUGAUAAUUAUGGCAGGCAUUCAUGGAGGUAAGCGGACAAAUGAUUAAUAUAUGAAUCUCUACCUCGCUCAAUAUUUGUUCUUCACCGCUCUCUCUUGGCGUAAUGUUCACGCAAUUGUAAAAACAAAUAUUCUUCCUUCGUUUUAGGACAGGACACAGGAAUGUAAAUAAGUACACAGGAAUGUAAAUGUUCUUUGCGUACAUUGUACAAGAAUUUCUGCAGUUCCUAUUUACGCACUAUUUUUUGUUUCUUUCGGGCCUGGGGCCCGUUUCUCGGAGCUCCCGAUAAUUACCGGGCCCAUUAAGCUGUUUUGUUUUCCAUUUUAGAAGGGAGUUUUAAAAGUUUUGAAAAUUAUACAGUAGAGUUAUUAGCUAACGAAACAAAAUGGACUUCAUUAGAGGUCAGAGCACACCCUACUUUUCUUGAGACUUUGAUUUAAAAAUAUGAUUCCGGGCCCGUUAAGUUACCGAGACUUUCGAGAAACGGGCCCCUGGUCCUUUCGAUUAUUUAUCGCCUCUUCAACUUAAACCUUUUAGAAUUACGCGAUUCAAGCAGUUCGUACAACCAACCAUUACAAAAAGAACAGAUCCAGUGCUUUCAGAAACUUAUUAUGGACAGAUAAACAUCAGGUUUUAGUCCGCUUCAAGAGAACGCCGAAAAGCCGAUAUUUCGGGGUCCACCAAGGCCCGAAAGGUCUUCACAAACGGUGUAUUAUUAUUUCGAGUUCAUUCGUGAGCGCCAAAAUAAAUGCACGCUAUUGUUGUUGUUCACGAGUGAAAGCAUGAUGAAUGAUUACUUGGGCUUCUUUUCGAGCAUGAGGAACGGAUUUGUAACGCUCAACUGGAAGCCUGUCGACAGAUAAACGAAGUUUGGUUAGUUCCACAGUGAAAGUUCCGCUGCCGGACGGAUUAUAGCUGAUAUGGCGGCAUAAUUUUCAGCGUAAUACUAAACCAGCUGAAACAGCUGGCUCCCGACCUGACUCAACCUGUACACUGCAGGUCAAAACAUACUGGCUAUGCGUAACACUUGGGUCUUUUAGGAUCGUCUGAUCUGAGGUAUUCAGUUCCUACAUAGCUAUGAGUAGAGGAGACUGGUUAUGAAAAAAAUAUAUAUAUAGUAAGAGACAACAACAACAACACACGCAACAACAGUAUUGUAGUUUAUGUUGGAAGCUCCGUGACGGUGCACAAUCCUUUGUUUUAAUUUCGUUCUCAAGGUGUGUCGAAAUAACUUAAUGCGAAGUUUUUGUUUGUUUGUAAGAUCAAAAUGAUAGGAAUAUUCUCGCUUUUAUCAACUUUGGUUGUUCUACUGAGGUGAAAAUUAGCAUAAUGCUACCGCACUAGUAUUAGGCCCGGAUUAUGCUUUAUGCCAAUUGGUUCACAAAUUGGACUGAAUAAACGAACUUGACGUAUCUGUGGGUCAGUUAGUUCAAGAUAUAAAUCAAUUGAGUUCACGUUCGUUUAAUUACUCUUAUUCAUGCAAUAACAAUGAGAAAAAAGCCAGUUUUAUACAAUUGUGUGUAGAGGCCAAAGGAGAAAAGUUUUCGAGUUGGCCACUAACGUUUGGUUCCUGAGAUUGUGAGAGGGGGCUGCAGGCUUAACGACAGGAGUUCUAUUUUUUCAGGGUGGUGCAUCACUAAGUCAAAAAAGGCGUCAACAACAUAAAACAAAGAAAUCUGACGGGCUUCAUGCUUUAUUGAACUGAACUGCUUACUCCUGCUGAGCAGAGCUUAUUGUUGAGCAAUAGUUAAGAAAAAUAACAUUUUGGGCUAUAGAAAUAGAAUAGGGUCAGGAUUUGGAGAACGGGGCGGCAAACCACCACCAAGAAUCCCAGUAUUCAUUCUGACAAGUCGCUUUACACUGUAAUUUUGUCAUGUUGGAGAGACAACAGUUGUCUUUACACUGGGAGUGUUAAGUAAGACUUAAAAGCUGCUAAGUUUUACUUAACCAAAAAUGCGUGUGUGAAAGCCUAAGUAAAAUUUCAAGCAACUUUACUUUGCAUCUCAUUUAAGUAAACCGUCCUUAUGACCGACUUAGCUGACUUGAGGUUUGUUGAGCUUUGAGAACGGCGAAACACGUCAAUAAAUCUUAAUUAUGUUUCGAGUAAAAAAGAAUCAGUUAUGUGUGAAGUUUUUUAUUUUAUACUUGAAAUAAUUAAAAUUUACUUGUCUUGAAAUAUUUUUUAGCUUAUUUAGGAUCUAGUGUAGAGCCUAAAUCAGCUCAAAAAUAUUUCAAGACAAGUAAAUUUUAAAUUCUUCAAGUAAAAGAAAGCUUCACACGCAACCUAUCUUUUUUUCUUCAGGUUUACUUAAGCCUAUUUUCCCACGAAACAUAAUUAACAUUGACUGACAUGCUUCGCCUUUCUCAAUGCUUAGAAACCGCAAGUUCGCUAAGUUGGUUUUAAGGAUGGUUUUCAAGUCACUUGAAACUUUCUUGAAUCGUUUCCACUUUCCGACUUUAAUGAGAUGCAAAGUAAAGUUACUUGAGAUUUUACUUAGGCAUUCACACGCGCAUUUUUGGUCAAGUAAUUAGCAGGUCUUUGCAACCGACGUAGUUUCGCAUUCGCAUGACGAUGGAUAGAAAGACGUCUUAAGAAUCUCACCUUCUCACUCCCACUCCCACGCAGAUUUAAAAACUACCUAACUACCGAACCCCACAGAUAAUAAACACAUCUAACCCUGAAAAUAAAUUGUAACAUCUUAGCUAAUCAAACCCACCCCCACUUCAACCCACCCUCCCCUAAAGCAACGUUCCUGACUCUCCCCAAGAAUAUUGUUAUAAUUACCACUCUAGCUCCCCUCCACCGCUGAUAAAGAAAACUAGUCAUUAGCCCCUUCCUUAAACUGGUCCCAAAAAAUGGUCCAAAAAAUAGUCCAACAGUCCAAAUGUCCAUUAGUCACGUCCAUAUUUUACCAUGCCUCCACCAGACUAUAUAUCAGCCGUUGCGUUGGUUGGAGGGAUAUAUAUGGCAAGGUGUUUUUGCAGACUAGCAGCAACGACGCCACCCACGUUUGUUUUGGGUAACCACACCGUCAUUAGCCUUUUCUCUUUUUCUCCAGGUCUUAUCAAGCAACAGGCGGUCAAAGAUCAAUUGAGCGUACAAUGGACGAUUAUAAACUUAACUAGUAGUUGCCGCGUAUGUAACGGUCUGAUAGAAGAUAUCAUAAAGGUUUGCAUCGGAUCGGAACAGACGAGAUUUUAUCAGCAACGAUAAAACGGGCAACAGGCAAAAACCUGCAACUUGUCUUGCAACAUUGCUGCAAAACGAGUUGAAUAGCGAUGUUCCGCAUUUUACCAGCCACGUUCAAACCUGUCUGACAAUUCAGGUUGCUGCAGGUUGCGAAACGUUUGUUGCAGAAGGUAGAAAAUUGUUCAAUUUUUACAGCAGAAUCUGUACAUGUUGCCCAUUUCACCGGCUUAAGGGCAAACUUGUUUUGCAGCAAGUGACCAAACUCCCGUGUAUGGCGAGACUCCCGCGCAACUUUAUCCAAUCAGUAGUCAGCAUUCACGCAGCUUCCAACAACCUUGAAACAACCUGAUUUGGUGCAAGACAGGUUUGAUUACGCGCACCAUCACUGUUCAUCUCGUUUUGCAGCAAUGUCGAAAAAAAAAUUGCACGUUUUUGUGCCUAUUUUACUCUUAGGGUAGUUUUACUACCAAAAGUACAAAUACCGUUAAUUUAUGGCGAAAAAUAACCUUUCCACCUCUCCAUGUUGUGUUCCUUGUCGCUUAUCUGCCUUCGAGCUCAAUAAUUUAUCGUUUUCUAGCAACGGCAAUUCGUGGAAGGUUCUCUACGUGGAAGCCUGUUUGCAGCCGAUGUGAAGAUCCCAUGCAAGCGAGCCAUUGAAGCGUUCGACGAAUGCAAAGCAGGACGUAAGGAGAGGUCUGACAGGGCGUCAACCCAUGAUGCGAAACCGCCUGACAACUUCUUAGAGGAGAUGGCACCCAAUAUUGCGCCCAAAAGUUUCGUGGUCGUAUAGGCCAUUAUUUUCUCAAAAUCUCAGUGUUUUUGGUAAUAAUACGACCAAUAUGUUCGCUGAAACGAGAUUUCGUGAAAUACAGCAGGUUCCGAUUUCCACCAUUGUUCUUUUGAAGGGGCGAAGGAUAUCAUUCGUUAUAAGGAGGACUUCGUCAUACAUAUUAUUAUAUAUUGCAUUAUAUAUUGCAUUAUAUAUUUUUGAUUAAGAAUUUUAGUAUCCUGUCCUGAACACCUAGGUAAAACCAUUCUUUUUUUUCCACAUGAUAGAAAGAUAGAUACAGUGGAACUUCUCCUCUGGGACACCUCUGUUCAGGGAACAUCUCCAUUCAGAGGACACAAAAUUUGGUCCCGGAAAAAUGUUCGCAUAAUCUUUGUAUUUGUUAACUCUAUUGUAUGGACACCUCUAUUCAGGGGAAAGGGACACUUUAACAACAAUAAGUGACUGACCACAAAAAUUGUCGAUAAUUUUAAGUGUUCACUAGUCACAAUGGCGGCGGCUUUCAAAAACAUGAACUCACUCACUUGAAUCGAUGUACUGCACUUAUGGGAAUUCAGCACACAACAUCGCGGAGAUAAGUUGAUCAUGAUCAGUUUUUCUACAUUACAGUCGAACCCCGCUUUGCGAACAACAGCUUAAACACCUCGUUAUUACGGACAGUUUUCCCAAUAAGGGCGAAACAACUGUCCAUGGCUGCCACUGCCGGGGUGAUAUGGUUUGGUGCGAAUGCGUAAGGUACUGGCCGCGAAGCUGGUACGUGUGCUUCAGUGCUUAAACUGGUAUAGUUUUCCAUGUCCCUAGGGAAAUCAAGCCGUCACAAAUUCAACCCGCUUCUUCGAUAAACGCCGCUUUCUUCUGAUCGAGUGAGGCGUUCAGUCGAGGGUGUCGUUCAUUGAUAAUUGUGCUUCCAACUGCGGGGUUAAUCGAGUAAAUACCGAGCUGUGCCCUUACAAAUUUUUAAUUUUCAUUCUUUUUUAGCCUGGGGCAUAAAAUGCCGCCAGUGUUACCCAGACUUCAACAACAUCACAAAUGUUAAUGCCAACUCGGGAUCCUUGACCUUUUGCUCCAAACCCACUGAAAGCCUUGAUUGCAGCAGCGAUCCAAAUAUAGGAAACUUGGCCGAUUCCUGUUACACCGCAGAUGUCACGAUAUCCGUAAACACAACGCUCCCAGGCGUCCCCCUUACGGAUAUCCGAAUUUUUGUCCUCAACUGCUCCGUGAUGUCUUUAUGCAGCUUUCUAAAGGAUCAAACCUGCGGGGGGUUGGAGACCGCGUUUGAAGCUAUGCCUCAAAUCCAAGUUAAAAACUGUGAUGUCAAAUGUUGCCAGGGGGAUCUGUGCAAUGAUCCCUCCAAUCCCCCAUCGGACAAGUCGUCGGUGAAGAUGCCACAAACAACCACACUAUGCGGAUUGUUGGUGUUGAUCGCUUUGACUUUUAUGAACUUUUAA